AAGUAAACAGUAGCAGCGAGUAGCAGUAGCUCUCUGUGUGUAAUGAAUUAAGUGUAGAUGGUAACGUUAUUGAAUCACGGCGCAGCUCAUUAUUGAAUGAGUAAUAUAAGAGCAAUGAAUUCGGUUGAGAGUUUGAGAGAGUUUGUCAACGAGCGACUAAAUGCUGCUGCUGAAGAAAUAUUCAGAGUUUUUAAAACAACUAUCGUCCAGUAUGAAGAAGAGAUCGAUCGGCAGCGCGUCAUGCUGGAUAUCUGCUGGAGACCCCAAGUGAAGUUACACAGGAUAGAGCUCCCACAGCAGGAGGGGGUUCUUGCUGACCAGCAGCUCUGUGACCAGGAGAGGAACUCCAGUCUAGACCAAGAGGACCCAGAGCCUCCACAGCUUAAAGAAGAACAGGAGGAGCGCUGCACCAUCGGAGAGGGAGAGCUGCUUGUACUAAAGGUGGAGACGGAUACCGUCACUGUGACUUCAGCUUAUGAAGAAAGUGACCACAGUGAAGAAGAACCAACAAGUGACCACCAGCUCCUCUCUAACAACUCUGAUGUAGCUGAGAGCCGAGACCAGAAAGGAGGAAAACAUGGAGACUCAGGAUCAACUGGAAAUGGAGAGCGGAAACAAAAGAAAAGACAUCAAGGAAGCAAAAAUCCCAGUUAUAAUGCAAAAAACUCUACUUCAACAGGCUCUCAACAGAACACUCGCCCAGGCGAAAAGUCUUUCAACUGUGACACAUGUGGAAAGACUUUUCAGUUUAAGUCCCUAUUGAAUUUACACCUAAGAACCCACACAGAUAUGAAACUGUAUACCUGUGAAACUUGUGGGAGGGUUUUCGUGGUAAACAGUGAAUUAACACGUCACAUGAGAUCCCACACACGUGCGAGACCGUUUCCCUGCAAAAUAUGUGGGAAAGCUUUCACACUAUCCAGUAACCUAAAAGCUCACAUUAGAACCCACACAGGCGAGAAACCGUUUACUUGCAAAACAUGUGGGAGAUCUUUCAUCCAACGCGCACACAUGGCCAUCCACAUAAGAAGCCACACAGAUGAGCGGCCAUAUUCUUGCGAAAUAUGUGGGAAAGGUUUCAAGUCUGGUGGUGAAUUGAAGCCACACGUGAGAACCCACACCGGCGAGAAACCGUUUACUUGCAAAACAUGUGGGAAAGCCUUCAGCCGACAUACACAGAUGACAAUCCACAUGAGAAUCCACACACAUGAGCGGCCAUAUUCUUGCCAAACAUGUGGGAAAGGUUUCAAGUCUCAUGAUGAAUUGAAGCAACACGUGAGAAUCCACUCGGAUGAGAGGCCGUAUUCUUGCAAAAUAUGUGGGAAGAGGUUCAAGCAAAGCCGUGGCGUAGUCUGUCACAUGAAAACUCACAGGCGAAAAGCUGCAUUAUUGCAAGACAUGCAGGGAAGGCUUGCAGGCAUUGCAGUGCCUUAAAGGCCCCCACACACCGCCCAGACGUCCACCUGCCUUAUCCGACCACUUUCCGACCACUCUGUUGCCCCUCGUCUGAGCCGUUUGGCAGAAAAGUUGCAUUGAACACUGUAGCGUGUAUGUUCUGCGCCUGCGCAAGAUGCAGUAAGCCUCCUGAACAGCGAGUAGCGCUCGUCUCGUGCCAGUAAUCCAACACACGAAAACAGGAAAUGACUGAACGAAGUGAGGAACAGAGUGCAUAGAAAAACAAAGCACACAGUAUUGAUUCAGUAUGUGUCCGACCUGAGAAGAUGUUUGUGGACUAAAUACUUGGCAUGUGUGAAGACUCGCGUUGUGUGCUCUCAGGCUCGUUAUGAUAUGAAGCCGUCUCUAUUGUCACUUCCGCCCCUCACACACACCGCGCCGGUUCGCUAGCACAGCGCCAAUCAGAGAAUCCACUGGCUCAGACGUCCGACAGCCCACCUCCUCAGACUUUGCAUGCUCAAUCAGAGCCGACAACACCCACGCGGCUCUGAAAGCUUCCGACGCAGCUGAACACACCAAACAUAUUUGUUCCCGACCUUGUCCGAGUCUCUCCAAAUGCUUCAGAGGUCCAACGGUUGGGCCAGUCUGUUCCUGCCUUAACAGCUCACAUGAGAACUCACACAGGUUAGAAACCGUAACCUUGCCAGACCUGGGGAAAGUCUGUCUGAUCGGUCUGCUUUGAUGAGAUAUUUGAUGACACGUACACGUGAGUAGCCUUUUAUUUGCAAAAUCUGGUGGAGGUGGUUCACUUCUAGGGUUUCAUGCAUAAUUGCAUAACUUUAACUUUAAUUGACAUUCUUGAAGAAUCCUCCGAUGAUGAAUAUACACAGGAGAAAUGAUGUGCUGACACUGAAUGUGUACAAUUCCCCCUUGAGAAGAUGUCAAAAUAUGUUUGUCUAUUUUAUGCUGAUUUGCCCAUGUUUGUUAAAAUGAUUAAAAAGUCAUUUAAUCGGUC